CCCCCCUCUUCUUCUUCUUCCUCUCCUUCUUUCUCCUACUCCUCCCAAUGCGCACCUGUUCUUCUCUCCGUUCCCUCUCAGCUCAGGUACUUAAGAACCGGCUCUCUCACGGCUCAUCUUCGUUCGUCCGUUCAUCUCAGAUCGCUGUUGUUUCUCUGCCCAAACCCGGCAGCCAAAGCAUCACCACAGCUUCCCACUCGAACGCCGUCGUCAGUCGCCGAAACGUGCUGGCUACCAUUCAGCGACCUACUCCCACCCCCAUCGCACGUCUCACCUCUCUUACCUGUCAAUUCUCCUCGACCGGUGCUACAGCCGACUCCAACACCAUGGCUCCCGUUGAGGUUCAGCAGUACGACUACAUCGUCCUGGGCGGUGGAAGUGGCGGCAGUGGCAGCGGCCGUCGCGCCGCCGGCUGGUACGGUGCGAAGACCCUGAUCGUGGAGAGUGGACGCUCCGGCGGUACCUGUGUCAACGUUGGCUGUGUCCCCAAGAAGAUGACCUGGAACUUCGCCUCGGUCAACGAGAACCUGCACGCGGCGAAGCACUACGGCUACACGGUGCCGGAGGACGUGAAGAUCGACUACAAGUACUUCAAGGAGCGGCGCGACGCGACGAUCCAGCGGCUGAACGGGAUCUACGAGCGCAACUGGGGCCGCGAGGGGAUCGACUUGGUGCACGGGCGGGCGGGCUUCGUGGAGCCCAAGGUGAUCGAGGUGACGCUGGAGGACGGCAGCAAGGCGCGGUACACGGCGCCGCACAUCCUGAUUGCGACGGGCGGGCGGCCCAGCAUCCCGGACAUCAAGGGCGCCGAGCACGGCAUCACCAGCGACGGGUUCUUCGAGAUCGAGGAGCUGCCGCCCAAGGUCGCCGUCGUGGGCGCGGGGUACAUCGCCGUGGAGCUGGCGGGCGUGAUGGGCGCCGUGGGCGUCGAGACCCACAUGUACAUCCGCGGCCAGGAGUUCCUGCGCAAGUUCGACCCGAUGAUCUCCAAGACCAUGACCGAGCGCUACGAGUCUGUCGGCAUCCACGUCCACAGGGGCCACCAGGGCUUCAAGGAGGUCCAGCUCCUCCGUGACGGCAAGGGCAAGGACAAGCUGCUCAAGCUGAUCCACCACGACGGCUCCGAGACCGAGGUCAACGAGCUGCUGUGGGCCGUCGGCCGCGUCCCCGAGGUCGAGGACCUGCACCUGGACAUCCCCGGUGUCAAGCUGAACAACAACGGCCACAUCGUCGUCGACGAGUUCCAGAACACCAGCGUCGACGGUGUCUAUGCCAUCGGUGAUGUCACCGGCCAGGCCGAGCUGACUCCUGUCGCCAUCGCCGCCGGCCGCCAGCUCGGCAACCGCCUCUUCGGCGGCCCCGAGUUCAAGACCGCCAAGCUCUCCUACGACAACAUCCCCACCGUGGUCUUCUCCCACCCCGAGGUCGGCACCGUGGGUCUCACCGAGCCCGAGGCCCGCCAGAAGUACGGCGACGACCAGAUCAAGGUCUACCACACCCGCUUCACCGCCAUGUACUACGACCUGUACCCGGCCGAGGAGAAGAAGCAGAACCCCACCGAGUUCAAGCUCAUCUGCGCCGGCCCUGAGGAGAAGGUUGUGGGUCUGCACAUCUUGGGUCUGGGCUGCGGCGAGAUGCUCCAGGGUUUCGGCGUCGCCGUCAAGAUGGGCGCCACCAAGAAGGACUUUGAUAGCUGCGUCGCCAUUCACCCCACCAGUGCGGAGGAGUUGGUCACCUUGCGAUAAGUCUUUAUAAUUUCCGUGCGUGUAUAGUAGAGCUGGCUGGAAAGGCAUUAGAAUCAAAGAAUAUACGGGAUUCAACACAAUGAUGCAGGAAUGAUCAUUUGACUGGUUUUCUUCCUUUCUUUUCUUGUUGAGAAAGACUAAAAGGGUGGGUAGGGUUAUAUACCUCCCAUUGCUUCAUAGAUGUGUCCAUCCAGAAAGGAAACGAUGCAAAGAGGCUGGAGUCUUCAAAACACAGCCUGCUGUGCCCAAUCACUCCCACCAAUCUC